AUGGAUGAGAAUCCAAACAAAAUUUCAAAUAGCAAAACUACAAGACAUAAGAGUCGUAGUAAAGGAAAUAAAUCCACCAACAAGAGAUUUAACACUAAGGACGAUGAUGAAGUUGAUUCGAUAGAGUGUUCUGGCAAGUAUUGCAAAUCAUGCACAACAGGAUUAGUAGCUGAUUGUGUUGCACUAUGUUGUUGUCCUUGUGUUGUGUUACAUUGUUUUGCUUUGGCUUUUAUAAAGGCGCCUUGGGUUAUGGGAAGAAAAUGUUUGGGAUUAGGGAGUAAGAAUAAGAAGAAGAAGAGAUGUUGUCAUAAGAAGAACUGCAAAAGGGGGCAUAAAGAUGUUGAUGAUGUUGUGUUGGAAGAGAAAAAUGAAGAUGGUUUGAAUGUUGGGUGGCCAACAUCACCAAUGGAUAGUACUCAUGUUAAUGUUGGAUUUGAAGCUGAAAAGGUUUGGCAUGAGUUGUAUCAAAUUGAUCAUUUAGGUUUUGGUAGAGUUUCAUGCUCAAAUGAUUAA